AUGGCAACUAAGAGCAUUGAGGAGAUCCGCUCCAACUCCCCUGCGCCCACGGCAGUGAGUCUGGGACACCAGAUUGGCAACCCUUCCCCUCUAGCCAUGGGCACGUUCGCAACUACCCUACUAACUCUGUCUUUGUCGAUGAUGGGUUUCCGUGGAGUCGAGACGCAAACGAUCUUCAUAGGCAACCUGUGCCUUGCUGCUGGCCUAUGUAUGUUUGUGUCUGCUCAGUGGGAGAUGGCUCGUGGCAAUACCUUUGGAUAUUCUGCACUAAGUGCCUAUGCCGUGUUCUAUGGCGGUUAUGGAGUUAUCCUUUGCCCGUCUCUUGGUGUCCUUGAGUCUUACGGGGGGGCGACUCCCGAGUAUCACAACGCCCUUGGGUUCUACGUUCUAAUCUGGGCUGUCUUGACACUUUUCUUCAUGCUGGGAUCAGCACCUAUCAACCUCGUCUCAUUCGGCAUCUUCACCACCAUUUUCUUCUGUUUCACUCUCGACGCAGCGUCAAAUUUCGCCCAUGCUGACGGCAAGCUCGAGGUUGCGAAGGGUCUAAUGACGGCUGCCGGUGUCUUUGGGUUCAUUUCUGGACUAUUGGGCUACUACAGCUGCGCUGCCUCCAUGUGUGCCGAUGCGCUUCCCUUUGAGCUGCCUUGUGGUGACACUUCGAGAUUCUUCAAGAAGACUCGCAAGCAGCUAUGA